AUUUUAAUGUCACAUUUACUAAUUCAUCAAUAUUAUUUAUUUUGUUUAAUUUGCUUAUAUCCAAAUUCUUGAGUCUCUUAAAUGGUAAUUAUCGUCUUCAUUAAAAGUUAUCAUUCUACUUCCCACAUUUAAUGACGGACAGUACCUACGAUCCCUAUGCUAAUCGCAAUGUGGACAAACCAAUAUCCAACUUUGGAGCCUUCAUUUCGGUGAUCAAAUGCGUCGUGGGAACUGGUGUUCUGGCUCUGCCCUUGGCAUUUAAGUAUGCGGGAACUAUCCUGGGCCCCCUUCUUCUCAUAGCAACUACAUUUGUCCUCAUCCAUGGCAUACACAUGCUGAUCAUUUGCAUGGUAGAGUGCUCCCGUCGCGUGCAGGUCGGCUAUACCAACUUUCCGGAUUCGAUGGCGUACUCCUUUUCCCAGGGACCCAAAUGUUUUAAAUAUAUUUCCAAAGCUGCGGGCUACUUGGCGGACAUUACGUUGUGCAUUGCGCAUUACGGCAUCUGUGUGGUCUACCUAGUGUUUGUCUCCAGCAACGUAAUGAAUGUGUUGGAACGGUACGUCUAUAUGGGAGACUUAAGGUGUUACAUUGCCAUAUUUGGAGUACUGAGCAUUCCCGCCUUCUGUAUCAUACACCUAAAGUAUCUGGUGCCCAUUAAUUUGUUGGCCAAUAUCCUCAUCUACAUUGGAUUCGCCAUGAUUUUCUACUAUAUCUUUCAAAAUCUGCCGUCGUUCACCGAUCGCGCAUUUGUCGGUGACCCAAUGAAGCUUCCCCAAUUCUUCGGAAUCGUACUCUUCUCCAUUUCAUCGGUGGGGGUGUUUCUGGCCAUCGAGUCCAAGAUGGCAAAGCCACAAAAGUUCAUCGGGUGGUUCGGUGUACUCGAUAUGGCCGCCGUAGUUGUAGUUAUCUCUUACAUUAUCUUCGGAAUUUUCGGCUACUGGCGCUAUGGAGAAGGAGUAGCAGCUUCGUUGACCCUCAACCUUCCGGAUGAACCAUUGAGCCUUGCAAUCCAAAUAAUACUCGCAAUCGACGUCUUUCUGUCAUUUCCGCUGUCCGGAUAUGUGGUGAUCAAUAUCAUCAUGACCCACUUCUGGAACAAAAGUGGUAACCUGAAGCGGGCCGUGCUGAAGGAGAUCAUCCUUCGAAUUAGCUUUGUAUUGGUUGCAACCCUCAAUGGAGUCGCCUUCCCGGAUUUGGGUCCUCUGCUGGCCUUGGUCGGAGCCCUGACCCUAUCGCUGCUGAAUCUUGUCUUUCCAGCCUUCAUGGAGAUUUGUUUGUACUAUCCAGAGGAGUUCAACUAUGGCAGGUUUAAGUGGAAGCUCGUCAAGGACAUCAUUAUGAUAAUUUUUGGUGUCCUCAUUCUGGUCCAAGGCACCAUCUUUUCUAUCAUGGACAUGAUAGUGUAUUAUGGACAUAUGUAAAAAUAAAUCCAGCAAGGGCUACGAUGCGCUGAAACGGAACACACCAGACCUGCAAAUGAAUGCUUUAAAAAUUACACAAUCUCAGUCCAGGAACCUUAGUUACAAAACAUAGAAUGUGAAGUGUGUAAUAAUGAGUAGCGUAAAAUUUCUAUUUGUAAUGAAUAAAUUUGAUGUUAUAUAAA